GUGCUUCAGUGACGUCAGACGUCAGUGUUUUGGAUUUGGCUGAUAUAAAAGUGAGGUUGUGUUUAAUUUGAUUGUUUUUGGUGUGAUUAUGGCGUUUAUAUUACCUUUUAAUUGUGUUGUUUCUUUAUUGGAUAUCAAUUUUAAUUUACGAUGGCACUAAGUAUUCAUCAAAAAAUCCUUCAUCUAUGACGGGCAUAGGGCUUGGAUUAGAUACCUAUGUGCAUUCUAUGAGUCUGUGAUUCAACUUGAGUCUUACCAUACACAAUUUAUAUAAACAAAUUUGUAGUUAAUACAAACGGUCAGGUAUUGCAUUUUGAUAUAAUAACUAUCCUUAUAAGAGUAAUUAUCAUCAUAAUAAAUUCAAAUACAAUUUGGACGUGGAGCAAACCGAUUUAGUAGUUGUUUCCUGAAAGUAUUUUUACAGGGUUUUAUAGUGUUACCGGCAUAUCGAUACCCAUUCGAUAAUUCACCAUUUGUAAGACAGGCUGAUAAGAUGGAAGUCCAGCCACUUGCAAUUCACGAUGGUUCCAUCUUGAAACAGAAUGGAUCUUUGCAUGCCGAACCGAAAGUGAAUGGAACCACAAAUCUUCUUCCUGCGAUAAAUUUGAAUCUCCAGCUAGAGAAACUGAUCAGAAGCACAAGCAGUGAUGAUGCUUUUUGCCAUAUUGGACCUCGCUUCCUUGUAGAUGGAAGCAUUUCACCUGUGACGAGCUGUCCAAGGAAUGGAAGUGCUGCUGAAGAGAGUGACCUGGCUGAGGUUGUCACUGUGAAGAAUGGACACGCCAUAAGUGUGGAGAAUGGGCAUGCAAGUGCAGUUGAAGAUGAAGACACGAAAUCGAAAAAACGAGUCAACAUUUGCACAGAUGAGGCCGAAGAGACAACGACGCUGCGAAGAAGUUCGGAGACAUCGGAGUCAGGCGCAGACCGCUCUGUCGUCAGCACCAACCUCGACAAGUGCCUCACUAUGACCGGAACCAUAAAGCGAGGCAAAAAGGCCGGCCAAAAUCUGGACGUCAGGUUGAAUAUCUCCCGCGAAGAGUUGGAAGUACUCGAAGCCAACAUGGCUGCCAAGGAGAACCAGUCGUUCACUCUCUGUGGCUUCACUAAAGGUUUGCACAUCUUUCUCUGGACACUUCUCUGUUUUCCUGUGGCAACCUUAAUCUCAAGUAUCUAUUCGUUUUACAUUGGAACCCUUAUGUGGCACAAUAUUUUUACUUACGUUACAGAAGAAAAAAAUCUACUAUAUAGAAUUCUUCUUUCCCCUUUCCUCAUAAUAUUCUUCCCAUUCUUUAUCAUCCUAUUCACUCUCGGUUUAGGAAUAUAUGCAGGUUUAAUACAAAUUUCAUGGUAUCUGGACAGCUGGUCUAAGGAAAUAAUGGAUUGGGAGAAAGGCUUCUAUGGAUGGCUGUGUUCGUUGAUCGGUCUUGAAGACUGUUCACCGUACGAAGUUGUUGUUUUAACUGAUAUUCAGGUUAGCACAACAACAAAUGACGAAAAGAAACUGGAUGAUUCUCAGAACUCCAUUCCAGAUUUAAACAUCUAGUUUGUAUAACUUGAAAGCUGCCAAAAGGGAAGCUAGAAUGGUCUCAGACUGAUUUUGCCAUAUCAAUUGAUUUAUAAUGCAGUGCGUUUUUAUUCUAUUGCAUCUAUUUAUUUAUACAAAUAAAACUCAUGCAAUGAUCGAUAGGGAACUACAGGCUAAGCCCAAAACUGUUCCUGUAUGGAAUUUUUAUAAAUAAUAACAUUCCAACGAAUUAUUCCUAUGUUUUUAUUACAAAUAAAAGACUACUGUCUCGCAUGGAGAGGCUCACAUCCUCACAUAAAACUACUACUCAUCUUCCUUUAUUUAGUGUCAAAUUUAAAAACUUAUUAUACAUUUUAAUUGUAUAUAGAUUAGGAGUAGUUAUUGCCUGGUAUUGAGUAUGAGUAGGUAUUCUAUUGGUGUAAGGUGUAAGAUGUUUUGCAUUUAUAGUUUUUAUUACAUGUUUUUGUGUACAAUAUUUAGAUUAGAAAUAUAAAAUUGCAGACUAAUCUGCUUUACCAUUAUCAUACUCUUAAUGUAUCAUUCCAUUUUUCCUGGUAUUUAACAUAUUGUAUGUUAGUAUGUAUUAUUGACUAUGGAUUAAUGUUUAAUAUAUGAUCAUUCAUAUUGAUUUUGAUGGCAUUUCUGAUCUAAAAAGCAUUAGACAAGUUAAUUUAUAAUAUUAUAAGUAGCCUACAGUUGCACCGAUUCUUUAUAUGGAAGCUUCGACUUCAAUGUGUAAAGACUGAUUAUGUAAAAUAUAAUGUGAUAUUUUCUCGUUUAUAAAAACUACGACAGAUAUUUUUGAUUGAUCAAUCAUCAAUCUCGCUGAUGCUAGUCUAUGCUUUUUGUAAAAAGGUUGAAAUUUCUAUUGUAUACUUGUAUGCAACUAUAAGGUGAUCAUAUCUUAUCGAUAAAAUCUCAUAAAGUGCUAAUUUUGAAAGUUAUGAUAUUCUGGUACUGUACUGUAUUUAUAAAUGUAUUUUUAUUUUGUGAUAAAAAUUGUAUCCUUGAUGGGUCACAAGGACGAUCGUGGUUACUAAUUUUCAGAUAAUACAUAUCGGUUAAAUAUAAUUGAAAAUAUUCAUCUCAUAAAUAACGUAUUGAAUUAAUGUUGAGAUUUCAAAACCUCAAAUAUCAAAAGCAUUUUCAUUUUUUUCCGAAACUGCUCUAUGCCACUCGUAUAUGGGCCAGAGUAUACGUAGCGGUUUUUGCAUCGUUUUUUCACAGGCGGUGGACGAGUCUUCUGGCGUUGGCUGCAUCAGUGCCCGAGUCGCAGACUCGUUAGAAUACUCGUCCGCCACCAGUGCAAAAAGCGCUACGUAUGCUUUGGCCCUUAAUUGUAGUUUUUUAUUGUAUUUUCUAUUCAACUAGACUAAAUUCAAACUAUUAGAUCUCAUCAAAGGCUGAUAAUUCAAAGCACAUUAUAGAUUAGCUUGUUACAAAAAUGGCAGAGUUUUCUGCUUUUCACUUUUAUUAUACUUCAAAUUAUCCUUGGUUUGAAAUAUAGAAAGAUAUUAGAAUCUCACUUACUCAACUGUUAAUAUAUAUAACCCGUCAUUUAAUAUAAUUAUUCCCUUUAAAAAAUACAAGCAUUGUAUUUUAGAAUUGUUGGAAUGCACCAAACAUGUUACACAUACGCUACUAUUUUAAUUAAGUUUGUGCUAUUCUGUAGUACUGUGUAUUAUAAUUUAGUAUUUAAUAUUUUUAUGUUAGUUUCUUUAGAUUUAAGGAUCAAUUAAGAUUGUGAUUAUUGAAUGAGCACCGCUUUUCAAUGUUGUAGAGUUAAUAUUUAUGAAAUUGAGCUUAAUUUUAAUACCUGUGUCGCAACAAGAACGCAUGGACUUCAACAGUAUCUAUUAUUGUCAAUGAAGGUUAGGGAAAUAGUUAUCGAGUGCAUCUAUUGAAAUUCCACCAAUUAGUUUUUCGGGCCGCUUUACAUAUAAAUUCUACUGUCGUCAAAUUCGUUUGAUCUGAGAUUCUUGAUAACCAAUUUGCUUACAAACUCACUUUCAUCAAACCAAUUCAUUCACUUUCAACCUUUCUUGAAAAUUGUUUUUAAGAAAGUCACGCUAAAUCUUUGCUCGAUCAAAUUUUUCAAUGAAAAAAUUCAUUUGUGAAAUGCAAAUGGAAAGAUUUUUUAUAAGAAUAUCAAGAAACUUUUACAAAGAUUAUAAAGAAAUUUAAACUAUAAUUUCUUCAUAAUAUUUAAUAGUCUGAUAUUACUUAUCAAGAAACGGACAACUACAUUGUUUUUUCCUGAUCGUUGUUACAUGUUUCUCUUAAAACUUAGUUACCGCAUUUAAUAAGUGCGUUCUUUUUGCGCCAUCCUAUUUAUUUUAAUAGAUCAAAAGUUGAAUAAUUAUUCACAAAAGUAACAUAUAUUUGUAUUGUAGUAAUAAAUGUUAACUGAUAUUAUCAAGUCAUCGAACUUAUUUCUAAUUUUAUAUAA